CAGCUACGGCAAGCCACUUGGUCCUUAAAGGUAGUGAUUGAUCGUUGUUGCCAGCCAACGAGCAAAACAUAACUGUCCACGAGUCAAGUGAAGAUAGUCGAGUGAUAAAUAAUUCAGAAUGAGCAGCGGCAGGUGUAGCGUGCAGUGGGGGGGCCUGCUCCUCCUCCUGUCCUGCUGUCUGCUGUGUGUUGACUCUCAGGUGGAGCCCCAGCAGCAGCAGCAGCACACGCUGCCGGUCAUAGAGCGCGCAGCCUCCGUAUCCGGCCACGGUCACGGCCGCCUGGACCGAAACAUGGUCCAGGACAAAGACCACAUCAUGGAGCAUUUAGAGGGAAUGAUAGACAAACCAGAGAAAGAAAUGACACCCCAGGAGCUUCAGCUGCACUAUUUCAAGAUGCACGAUUAUGAUGGCAACAACCUGUUGGAUGGGCUAGAGCUAGCCACAGCUAUCACACAUGUACACAGAGAGGAGAGAGGAGAGAACAGCCAGCCGUUGAAAGAGGACGACCUCAUCAGCCUCAUUGAUGACGUUCUGAGGGACGAUGACAAGAACAAUGACGGGUACAUAGAUUACGCAGAGUUCGCCAAAUCACUGGAGUAAGAUGUCACCCGAGAACUUACACGCUUCACACCCACAUCAACAAAUCUGCAGAGAGAAAUCUUCUCUCUCGCAGGCGACCAGUCAGGGUUAUUAAUAAUUGAAUUAAGGUUCGGGGGAUUUUUCUACUUUCUAAGCGUGUGAUGCAUUGGGUUUUUUCACGUGAGGUCCAAGCUGGUAGCAGAAAAACUAGGAAUGCCAGUAAUGUAAUAAGCAACUGAAAAAAGAUGAAAACAAAAUGGCCUUGUGGUUAGUUUGGUUCUGGUAUUCGCCUUUUUCUUAAGGGUCAGUUCACCAAAUAUCACAUUUUUUUUCCUACUUAGCCCCUCAUGGUAUCUAACCAUGGAUGUAUACCUUGACUUCUUUUUGAAGUUUAGACAUCUCUGCGGUGACUUCUACCAAAAGGCCUAAUAAAUAAAAGCCCAAAACCUUUAUUGGGAGCUAGGACAGAACUAGGACAGGAGGUCUCAGUGCCAGGUAUCAUGGCAAAUAAAACCCAAUCCAUCUGCAUAGCUACCGAAGGGGAAAGUCAGGAAUA